UUGCCAAGGAGGCCCGAGAGGGAAAGGGCUCCGGGGAGAAAACGCUCACCAGACGCCGUCCUUCCCUCAUAUCCAGGAUCUCCAUCCAGUUCAAGAACUCCCUCUUCACGAGAGGAUGGACCACAUGCUAAAAAAGUUGCCCUUCUUGAAGAAGGAGGACAGCAAGGAGUCCCAUCCACAAAUUACGAAUAAUGACCCAUGGCAGUGGAACAGUCACUUCUCUGGCUCCCACCCGUCCACUUCUUCGGCCACUCAAAGAACCACGCAGGUCUUGCCCCUUCUUGUAAAGGGUUCCCCAGCUCCAGUGGACAUGAGCAAGAAGGUGCAGCCUCCAGCACUGGUGCUGCCAGAAUUGGUGCGCAGGACCCCUCUGAGGGCUUCUCAGGGGGAAAUGAAGCCUGGCCUCAAAGAGCCCCCUUCCUUGCCAAGGAGGCCCGAGAGGGAAAGGGCUCCGGGGAGAAAAAGCUCUCAAGACACCAUCCUUCCCUCAUAUCCAGAACUCUCUGACGAGUCUUUCAAAAAUUUAUGGGAGAGCAGGAAGCCAUUAAAAGGCAGACCCGUCAAAGAAAUCUUGGAUCUCAUGGACGAGAGAGAAAUAUUAGAGACCAUCUUGGACCAUCUUCGUCCUUUCCAGAUUCCUUCAGACCACAAACUGCCCAGGAGGAAAACAAGCGCAUUGCCGCCCAUCGACCAGAAGCAAAGCACGUCCCAGGUCUUGUCUAAAGACAAGAUUAGCCUCUACAAAUAUUAUGGCGUUAAACUGCGAAACUCAACACAGAAGGACCUGGUGACGGAACAGCUCCAAAGCCUUCUAAGUUUUUCACUCCAGGAAGAAACAGACCGAGAGGGAAUCUCGGAAUCCAUUCGAAUGGCAUCCUUUUGCCACCUGCCUGAGAUUCUGGUGGCCCUGGAGGAGGCUGGCCAGUUCAGGCAGACAAAAGGACCGUUUGCAGUAGAAGCCCCCAUUGAGGACUCACAGACUCUCUCCGAGAGAUGGAUUCGGACCACAUUAAUACUCUGCUAUGGCCAGGCAGUCCUGGGAGCGCAAGUAGAGGACAUGAUGCCUUUCCUGGACAACAUUGUCUCAGAAAUACUCUAUCAGUAUUCCAGCAUGAAAAAGGACGAAGGGCUGAAGAAAGCCUUCAUGAGGUCCAUCAUCAUGAUCACCAAAGCUGUUGCCAACAGCAGGAGGCAAGACCUCGAUUUGCCCCAGAAACAGGAACUGGUCACAAACAUCGUUGAAGUCAUUGAAGAUGAGCCCGCGAGACCCUUGUCCAUCGAAAAUCUCCAUCAAGCGAUCAUCACCAUCACCUGCAUGAGCCGUAUGAAGCCCCCCUUGAACUCCGAGAUGAGGUCUAAAGUGGUGAGAAAAAGCAUCCAGAAGGUGUUUUCCUUGCCGGCUUACCUGGUGACAAAACUGAACGUGAACGGCCCAGGACAACCAGCUCAAACUCAGGAUUUUUAUGACCAGAUGGUGACCACCUGCAACACCAUGCUCACCGCCUUGCUGUCCGAGGCUCCCAAUUUGGAUUCCCUGCAGGAUGUCUUGACGCACAUUAAUCCCUGGAUUGAAUCUCCCAAGAGACACGAGAGAGAGAGGGCCAUCAAGAGCAUCAGACACCUCCUGAAGUUCGUUUCUGAAAACGUCAAUUUCGACCCCACAGGUGACUUUUCUUUGCUGGGACAGCUGGUGGCUUUGCUGGGCCUGCACGUUGGCGACACCAGCAAAGAAGUUGGCCAGACGUCCGCAGAGGCCGCCUACCACCUCCACCACCUCAUCAUGAGCAAAAUGGCCAAAGAAAUGGAUGAGAAACCUAGAAACAAGAAGGGGAAGGUCGUCACUUGGCUGAGGGAAGACUUCUCCUUUUCGGGCCCAACAAUAUUUUAUAAUAACGUCUCCAAAAUGGCUACGGCCUUUGGCGAGCAUCUGAGCCCGUCUCAAAUAAACGACCUGAUCUUAAAAGCCCUGGCAGCUCUGACACACCUGGACAAAAACAUUUCACACACUGCGGGACUCCUGCUCAAUUCGUUCUUGGAAGAAUGUGGGAUGGACAUGGAGGAGCUGCCCAUGAUCCUCAAGGAGAUCUACCGACGUCUCCCGAAGAUCUUGGACCCUGCCACCAAACAACAAACGCUAAAGGCAGUGUGUCACCUGGCGUCCAAACGGGUGAACAAAGUCGUGGAUAUUCUCCUCGAGUGCUCGGUGGCGUGCGAUGGAAGUGCCAGGGAACUGUGGAGGGCGCUGGCUGCAGACCCCUAUGCUAACCUGAAGAUCAUGAAGCCCCUCCUCAAAAGGCUUGAUGACCACGAUCCCAGCACCGAAGCUAUUGGGAGGGGAACAAGCAAAUCCAUCAUGCCCAUUGCGGCCACCAAUGCGCUCUCCUUCCUCCUCUCGCUUCCUGAGGCAGCAACCAUUGUCCAGCAUAAGUUCUCCAGCCUGCUCCUGGCGCUCGUGACGCACAUCUAUUUUCUGCUGGGAGCAGGCAAGAGCGGGUCAGAACAGACCUACCAUCUGGGCAACGCAGUCAAAGCCGUCAAACACCUCAUCUUGCGCACCGGCUAUCAGGAGGAGUUCAAGGACUUAGAUAUGGUUCAAUGUUGGGCGAUGCUGAUGAGUCCUGAAAGUGUGUUUGAAGGCAUUUUCCACCUGGUCCGGAUCUUGUUCAACUACUCGAAACAUGAGCUGAAGGUCAUGCUCCGACAGGCUGAGACCUACGUGCGCCACCCCGAUUUAAGACACAAAACCAUUGGGAUGGUUUUCUUUUCGGAGCUGCUGUUUCACCCGGAAAUUUGCCAAUUCUUUGUCAUCCAAGACAUCCUCCAGGUGCUGAAGGAAUGGAUGACCCAGCCAUAUCCGCUGAUACAGACUUUCAGCGUUAGAGGACUGGGGAACCUCAUCCAACACCCGUUUGAGAAGAACAUCUUGGAACCCCUCUUGAUGCCAGUGCUAAACUGCGCUUGUCACGAAAGAAGACCGAACCUCGAUAUCAAAACCCAUGCGGUGAAGGCAGUCAACCUCAUUCCGCUCCUUCUGAAACAUUUUCAUGAUGACGACAUCGAACUGAGGAAUACCUCCAUCACCAUUUUUGGCAUGCUCCUGAAAGGACUGAAGGAGUUACGGAACAGUAAUAUGGCCGAAAACAUCCUGAACAGCCUUAUUCCCCUCCUCAUACAACUGUCAAAUGAUCGGACAAAAGAGGUCUCCAGGAAGACCCUCGACUCCUGCGUGUCCUUUAUGAACUGGGGGGGCUUUCCCAGCAACUUGUUUGACUAUGAAAUGUACACCAGUCUUCAUAGCAUGUACUCCAACAUCUGCUACGUGGUUAUGAAUAAAUGCAAGCAAAACCUUCCUGCGAUGUUGGAUCAGAUGCUGGGAUUCCUGAGGAGCCGGAACUCUUCCCAUCGCGAGGCAGCUGCCCUCUUAAUUGGUCUCCAGGAUCUGCAAGGCGAUUCCGAAGCCUCAGUGGCUCAGGCUGCAGCUGACUCAAUGCAAGAAAUCUUUCGGCAGUGUGGCCAUCUGAUCAAGCCGGGUCUUGUUAGUAGUCAACUCCCCUCCAAAGGCAUCAGGAGGAUCUCCGAGACCAAGCAAUAA